CAUACAGUCCACACAACGUGGGCAGAGGAAAGCAAAGCGGAGCGUCUCUGCCACUUCUGAACAACAGAACAAGGCAGCAAUGGCGACGAGGUGCCUCGCAGUCGCAGGGUCUCUUCCCCUCCUCUCCGCAUCCACAGCCGCCGCCGCGGCGGCCAGGGCCCAGCCUCUCCCCUCCGCCGCUGCGCCCCGCCGCGCCCUAACACGCCUUUCGGUUGCCACGGGCGGGGAUCAGCAGCUCGUCACCGCGCAGGAUCCGGCGCACGAACCUGACUAUGGAGUCAUUAGCCUUCAUCAUGUUGGCAUUCUGUGCGAAAAUCUUGAAAGGUCGAUGGCAUUCUACAAGGACCUCCUAGGUCUGGAGGUUAAUCCAGCUAGGCCAAAUGACAAGCUUCCAUACAGGGGUGCUUGGCUCUGGGUUGGCUCUGAGAUGAUCCAUUUAAUGGAGCUGCCAAAUCCUGAUCCACUGACAGGACGCCCCGAGCAUGGUGGACGUGAUCGUCAUACUUGUAUAGCAAUUAAAGAUGUUUUGAAGCUAAAAGAAAUAUUUGACAAAGCUGGAAUCAGCUACACACUCAGCAAAUCCGGGAGGCCAGCGAUCUUUGCAAGAGACCCAGACGGGAAUGCGUUGGAGUUCACCCAAGUUUAGCUACUGGAAGACUCCUUUUACGCUGUAGAACUUUUCGUAGCCUUUUUCCUCAAAAAAAAAAAGAAAAUCUCAUACCAUUACGCAGUUACGCUUGUCAGGGUGCAGUAUAUCUAGAGGUCCUACCAGGCUUCGCUGCUAGUAUUUCUUUUAGCUACUACAGAAUAAAGACCUGGCAGAUAAAUACUGCUUGUACAUAUAUGAUAUAUGGCAUGUCGAUCAAGUAUUUGAGGUUGACGGGUUUCAUGGUAGUAAUUUAUACCUCCAGAUGCAAGUAUGUGUAAGGUAAAAAAAAAGAUUUCUGUUAUACGGGGCAUCGAACUUUAGACCUGAAUCUUGCAAUCAUUUACAAAAUAUCAAAAUGA